AUGCUUCACAUCACAGCUCAAGGUAAAGUAGGAAGAAAAGUGUUGGCAGAUAUUAGCAAUUCUCAGGGUAAUCUUCAAAAGAAUGAAGCUUUUAAUGGCUCCAAAUCUGGAAAAGUUAAAAUGGAAAAGGUAGCAUAUUCUCAACGGCUUCAAAUGCUACAAAAUCAAGGAAUGCGAGUUCUUUAUCAGGCAAACUUUCAAUGGGAGCAUGUGUUGGAAGCCAGAGAGAAUGUUGAAUGUCAUAUUACACAGGGUAGAGGUGAUGAUAUAAAUAAGUUCCUAUGGAUGGUGCGUAUAGGAGGAGGCGUCUUCCCACAUAUCAAGGAGCCUGAUUAUCUUAGAGAUGGUCAAUACCGAAUUGAUUCACAUGCGACUCCAACCAUGAUAAACUAUCAUAUAUUUCAGGCCUCGAUUAGUGAAUAUGUGCAAAUAUAUGGGAAUCCAACCUUUUGGAACAGAUGCUUACCUUUGAUUAAGAAUGAUGAUAAGAUGAUUCAAGCAGAAGGUGGUGUGGAUGCUCUUUCUGAAGAUGAACUUCAUGAAGAUUGUUGA